CUCGAAACCUUCAUGCGUCGCGCUGGACAAUCCCUUCGGCGCUGCCGUCCGUCGCGACGAGCAUUCUCAUUCGAUGCCUCCAGUCCGGGCUGCGAGCUUACAACGCUCCCCAACAAAAUUCGAGUCGCGACUCAAGCCACACCUGGCCAUUUUUCUUCCGUUGGGCUUUAUGUUGAUGCUGGCUCGCGUUACGAGUCUGCUUCUACAUCUGGGGCAAGCCAUUUCAUCGACAGAAUGGCUUUCAAAACAACGUCAACGCGAAGUAACGAGCAAAUGGCUGACGCGGUCCAGUCGCUAGGCGGCCAAAUACUGUGCUCAUCUUCAAGAGAAGCGAUGAUGUACCAGUCCUCCCACUUCGACCAGGGAACACCGCAAGCGCUCUCACUUAUUGCUGACACUGUCCUCAAUCCAGCAUUUCUCCCCGAAGAAAUUGAGGUCCAUCGAGACGCAGUGCGCUACGAGAUUCGAGAACUAUCUAGCAAACCCGAGCAGAUAAUUCCCGAGAUACUCCAUAACGUUGCAUAUGGCGGAACUGGCCUCGGGAAUCCUCUCAUGUGCGCCGAAGAGCGAAUUGACUCCAUAAACGGUCACACGCUUCGUUCGUUCAUGAAGCAGUGGUACAGGCCAGAGAGAAUGGUUAUUGCUGGGGCAGGGAUGCCACACCAACAACUUGUUGAGCUAACAGAACAAUACUUCUCGUCCUUAAAAUCACCAGAGGUUGACGCCUCAACCCUUCAAACCCGACACGUUCCUCCACUUCCGCUCUCUUCAUCCUCCCAACCCUCUGUUGUGAUAAAAUCACGAGCUGCAUCCUAUCUCUAUCCAACUCCAUCAUCCAACGACUCGGCGUUGGCCAAUGCGACGCUGGGAAGUUCAUAUACCGGCGGACAUCGGUUUAUCUAUAGUCCUGAAGCCGAGUUCAAUCACCUUUACCUUGGUUUCGAAGGGGCGGGUAUUCACGACGACGAUAUCUAUGCUCUUGCAACGAUGCAAGUUCUUCUUGGUGGCGGUGGAAGCUUUUCCGCUGGUGGCCCAGGAAAGGGCAUGUACAGCCGACUCUACACCCACAUUCUCAACCGCUACCCCCAAAUUGACCAUUGCGCCUCGUUCCACCAUAUCUAUUCUGACUCGUCGCUCUUUGGUCUUUUUGCGUCUUUCGUCCCCGCCGUCAAAGGACAGCGCGGAGGCGACAAGCCCAGUGCGAUCAUGCCCCUUCUAGCGCACCAGCUCAGUCUUCUUCUCUACACCUCAGUUCCCCAAGAGGAGCUCCAGCGUGCCAAGAACCAGCUCAAAUCGGCCCUCACUAUGGCAUUAGAGAGUCGCGCCGUAGAAGUGGAGGACCUUGGCCGUCAGAUCCUUGUUCACGGUCGGAAGUUGUCGAUGGACGAAAUGGCUGCCAAAAUCGACUUGUUGCAAUCCGCAGAUAUCAACAAAGUUGCCCAACGUGUGUUUGGUCCCGCUUCAGGCAACAAACCCACCCUUGUCUGCAUGGGCCACGACGAUGCUGGCGCAUGGCGAGACGUGUUGAAAAAGUACUCCGUAGCGUCCUAA